CGUCAGCGUGACGCAAGCGCGUAGCGUGCGAGUGACGUGGUCCCGGGCAGGCGGGCGGGGCCGGUUUGAACGCGGAGCAGACGGGGCGAGAGCGGGGCAGAAAAUGGCAGUGAAUGUGUAUUCGACUUCAGUGACCAGCGAUAACCUGAGCCGACAUGACAUGCUGGCCUGGAUCAACGAGUCCCUGCAGCUGACCCUGACCAAGAUCGAACAGCUCUGCUCGGGUGCUGCCUACUGCCAGUUUAUGGACAUGCUCUUCCCAGGCUCUGUGGCCCUCAAGAAGGUGAAGUUCCAGGCCAAGCUGGAGCACGAGUACAUCCAGAACUUCAAGGUCCUGCAGGCGGGUUUCAAACGCAUGGGUGUCGACAAAAUAAUUCCUGUGGACAAAUUGGUGAAAGGGAAGUUCCAGGACAACUUUGAGUUUGUUCAGUGGUUCAAGAAGUUCUUUGAUGCCAACUAUGAUGGGAAGGAGUAUGACCCUGUUGCUGCUAGGCAAGGCCAAGAGACAGUGGCCCCCAACCUGGUUGCUCCAGUGAUGAACAAACCCAAGAAGUCUCUCAGCUCAAACACUGCAGCCCCACAGAGGCCCAUGGUGACGCAGAGGACCGCAGCCACCCCCAAGGCUGGCAGCGGCGUGGUGAAAAAGGCAGCGGGAGACGAGGAGUCGGCAGGGCUGAUCGAGCAGAUCAAUGUCUUGAAACUUACUGUUGAAGAUCUGGAGAAGGAGAGAGACUUCUACUUUGGCAAGCUGAGGAACAUUGAGCUGAUCUGCCAGGAGAAUGAAGGGGAGAAUGACCCAGUGCUGCAGAGGAUUGUGGAGAUUCUUUAUGCCACAGAUGAAGGCUUUGUGAUACCUGACGAGGGAGCCCCACAGGAGGAGCAAGAAGAGUAUUAACAGACCACCUACUGUCCCAGCAGAGCAGCAGCAGCAGCAACCACCUCCACCACCACCACCUCCACCUCCACCACCACCACCAUCGAGAAUUCUUUGCCCCAGAUCAUGUGCUUAACUGUCAAGUACUCCACUUUGUUCUUAGAGGACUCCACCGGUUUCUUUUCAUGAGCAACCAACCAA